CACGUGACGUGAACUUCUUCCUAGCUCUGAGCCCCGGCGGCUGCGGCUGCGGCGGGCAGCAUGUUCUGGGAGCGCCCCCAGGCCCGGAGGGUCCCUGCCUCCCGCCGCUCUCUGCUCCUCCUCCAGUGCCUGCUGCUUCUCCGAGCCCCCGCCGGCUUGCUUGGGGACCAGACCCGCCGGGUGUCCCUAGAGGUUAUCCCAUGGCGGACAGCCCUCCCGCAAAACCUGUUGCACAUCCGGGCCGUGGGAGCCAACUCUACAAUUCACUACCUCUGGAGCAGCCUGGGACCCCCAGCCGUGCUUUUUGUGGCCACAGACACUCCUCACAGUGUCCUCAGCGUCAACUGGAGCUGCCUGGCUGUGCUCCCUGCUGAGAGUGUUCGAUUUUCCUCAGCCCUCAUCUUCCCCAGGCUGUUUGAGUUUGACAGUACCAACAGUUCAGAAGUAAAGGAUGGGUCCCCAGGAAAGCCUUACCCACCCUACCUGCUGGCCAACUUCUCCUGGGACGAUAUCAACAGCACACUAGACCCCACUAAGCUGAGUGCAACACUCCAAGGUUGUCCUUCAAAGGAUCCCUCGGGGGCCUUCAGCAAUGGCAGCCUGGCUUUCAAGGUUCAAGCUUUCUCCAGUUCAGGUCGUCCAGACCAUCUGCCUCGACUCUUGCAUACAGCAGAUACCUCCCAGCUAGAAGUGGUUCUGUCUGGGGUUGUCCCACAGGGGAACCACUCCCUUUUUGGGCUGGAGGUGGCAACCCCAGCUUUGGAUUCAGAGUGUCCCCAGCUGAAGAAGCUGGAUUCCAUUGAUGAUGAAUAUUGCCCUUCAGUCUUCCAGUUGGAUCAGCUACUGUGGCGUUCCCCACCAGAAGGCUUCUUACAGUGGCGGCCAAUAGCCUUCUCACAGAAGCAACCAGCUUGGAAAACAGCCCUGCCUUGCCGAGUAUCACCUCCUGCUCCCACCUUGUCUACCCUACUUCCCCAGUUACCUAUUGUCAGAGCCUUCUUCGGCCCCUCCGUUAACUUCUGCACCUUCAACCUGACAUUUGGAGACUCUACUGGUCCUGCCUACGAGGACCAGCGCUACCUCAGUUGGUCAGCUGUCUUGGGCAUAGGAAUCCCCACAAUGGAUUCCUUCUCACCUCUGGUCCUAGGAAUCAUGGCAGUGGUUAUGGGACUCCCUGCACUUCUGCUAGUAGGAGGUGGCCUGAGCCUUCUACUAAUACGACAUAGGCGCUACUCAGAGUAUGAACCAAUCAACUGAGGUCCUUACCUCCUCACAGGUGCAUUUCCAGAUCCUCCUCCCUGUACCACACUAGGGUGAAAACAAGGAUAUACCUUGGAAGAAAGAAGAGAGGACAUCAUGCCUCCUCUUCCUCUGUUUCUGGGCCCUGGCCUUCAUUUUAAUGCCAAUAUCCCUGAUUCCUUUCCUUUUUUUAACAGAACCUUCAAACCUCAGUCUCUUCAGGGCUCCCCUGGGCAACGGGACAGCAGGAGAACCAGUUAAUCAUGAAAGGGGGAUGGGGCACCUAACUUCCAACCUUCAUAUUGACCUUCUUGAAUCCCUUUCUCCCCACCUCACCCCCAUUCUUUCCUAGUAUUUGGGUUGGGUAUGUGAGACUUAUACCAGGAUCAAAGCCUUAAGAAGCCUAGCCCCCAAUCUUUGGGUUCCUAGAAGGGUGAAGAUGAAAUAUAUACUUAUUUUUUCACCAUG